CAGAGACGCGCAUUGAUGACGUCGCCAUUCCUCCAGGCAAACAUGGCUACUACUGGACCGACGGUAGAGGAGGCUGAAGAUAAUUCUUUUUUACCCAUUAUUCAUGAGAUUAUCAAAUGUAUGGACAAAGACAGUCCGGACGUGCACCAGGAACUGAACAAACUGAAAAGCAAGAUCCAAGAGACUCGGGAGCAGAUCUCAGCUAUGCCGGGCAUCGACAUGAGUCCUGCGGUACAAGAGAAUAAACUCCGCACUCUGAGAGAACAAGUCCGGACCAAGAACCAGCUUCUGCAGAAAUAUAAGAGCCUGUGUAUGUUUGACAUUCCCAAACCAUCGUGAGACUUUUUGCAAAGAGGGAAGAAACAACGAAUGUACACACGGACAGAUGUUUACAUGGUUGCCCUGAGGUCAACGCUUUCGUGGGGGUGUUACUAUCCCAGCGGAAGACAUAUUCACGCUUGUGUUGUACUAUUUGUUUUUGCUAAAUAUUAUUAUUAUUUUUUUUUUUUUUUGAUAUAUUUGUUCAUGUUUGUAUUUUUCCCCCUUGGACAUAGCUUUUGACACAUUUUAUAUGAGUUGGUGAAUGAUUGGUGGAUAAACUUCAGCUUAGUCUCUCAUGUACUUUUUAAUAAAGUUGUUGUAUAGAAAGUAGUUUGGCUUCCACCGAAAAAUUUAACCCUAAUGGUUCAUUGACACUCAAAAAAAUGAAGUUUUGCAACUUGUUGAAUUGAGUUAAUUAAAAUGAGCUAAUGUAACACAAUUCUGGAUUUUUUUUUCUUUUUUUUUUCCUUUUUGGUCACAACAUAAUUUUAUUGUAUGCAGUUAAUUCAGAUUCGUAAAAUGGAAGUUCACUUAAUCCAUUUGCGUUGGGACAACUUAAAUAAUUUUCGUUGGCCAUAACCAGGUGUAAAUGUGAUGUCAGGUUCCCUGCAUGCACCACGGCAUGAGUAAAAGCGGCAAAUUAUUGUCUUAAUAUUUGCUUUUUGUUUCAGUAUUUGCACUCUUGUUGUUGUGUUGGUUAUCCCUUUGGGUUUUGUGUAAUGGGAGUGCAUCUAUUUUCAAAAUACGAAUGUUGAGUGAAAAAAAGAAUGAAUUUAAGUUUGUACAAGACUUGAUCAAAUUCAGUCAAAUAAAUUAGUUUUUGAUGAAAACA